AUGGAGCCUCCUGCUCUGCUGCUGUCCGUGCCCCGCCGCUCCCAGGCCGCGGCGGCGGCGGCUCUGGCGCACCUGCAGGGAGUGGAAAAACAGCUGCAAAAUGAAGGACUCGUGUUCGAUAAGGGAACUGUGCAGCACUUGGAAGAUGCUAUUAAAGCCAUUAAGGAGCUGGAAGAAGAAAGGAGACGCAUCCUUGAACUGCUGGAAGAGGAAACCAUCAAAAACUGUAACCUCCGCGUCAAAGUCAAAGGAAUCCCAGAGCUGGUCAUGCAAGAGUUUGAAGAGCUUGUCGCCGCAGCCCGCCGAUCUCAGUUGGUCAAGAUAACGGAGAUCGAGGCUUCCGUGCAAGAAAUGGUGUCGGCUGUAGAAGAGACGUAUUCAAAGAAGCACCUCUUUGAAGAGCACAACGUUGUGUUGUGCGAGGAGCAGAAAGAGUUUGGGGGCAAGCACGUCGAAACCGUGGACCUCCUGAACCAGCAGAUGGCCAGAAAGCACAGUAUCUUCAGCCACAUCAACGAGCUUCACAACAUGCAAAAGGAUGAAGGCGAAGAGACCACCUGGCAGUCCAACGCCAUCGAGGAGCUGCAGAAAAGGAGGGCCAAGGAGGCGUCUGAGUUUGAAGAACAGCAGAGGUUGCUGGAGAGCCGGACUGCAGAGCUCCGAAGGCGGGUGAAGGACCGGAGGAUCAUGGUAUCCCAAAAGAGGAUGGAUUAUGAAGCAUUGUUGGCGAUCCUGCGAGCUCUUCAGGAACAAGUCGAGGAAAAGAACCAGACUGUCGCUGCCGGAAAGGAAGAACUGGCCAAGCUCUUUGAGGAGAUCAAAAACCUAAUAAAGAAAUACGAGAGAAAAAAAGCUGAAAAGGAGAAUAUCCUUAAAAACAGAGCUCAGCUUCAAACCAACACGGGUAACCAGGAUGUGCGUUUCCAUGAGACGAAAGAGGCCCUGCUUCAGCAGCUGGCAGAGGCUGAAGAGGAGCUGGAAAGCGCUAUGCUGGCCCACAAAAAGGUCAAGCACGAAAACAACCUCCUCAAGAGACAGCACGAUGCGCAGCUCGAGGAGGAAAGAGACUAUAGUUCGCGACGAAACCAGCUGGCGAAAGAAUUUGAAAGAUUAUCGAACGAAGUCACAGAAAAACUCGAUCGCCUGACGAAGCGCCUGGUGGAGAUACAAAAUUUAGAGGAAGAAGAGGAGAAAAUGCGAGACCUGUUGGAUACGGCAGAGAGUUCGUAUUUGAGAGAAAUAUCGUCGCUGGAGCUAACGCUACAGAGAGAAGCCGACAGAAGUCAAUUGCUUCAAGAUCAACUGGAGGGAGUUUUAUCACAGUAUAAGAAAGUGCAGGAAGCCCACUCGGAUUUCAUGCUCAGGACAAAAAGCCAGACGGAAGCCGGCGAAAGGACACUUCUCAGAACGAUGAGGCAGUUUGGCCCGCGGUCUCUAGAGGUCCGGGAACGGCAGAAUCGUUCACCCACUGCUGCUUUGAUUUUCCGUGGCCAGAACGAAGCACUCGAGAAGGAGCGGGCGCGGUCCGAAGAGGACAUCAGGAUCCUCACCAACAAGCUGCGAAAAAGAUCCGCCUGGUUUCAAAAAUUCGACGAAAAGAUCGCAGCCGAGCUCCAGACGCUGGAGGAUGAGUACAACGCCAAGCUGAAACUCCUGCAAGAAAAGGAACAGAAACUGGACAUUGAUCUCCCGUUCUCGGAGAAGCUGCAUGAGAAACUGAAGGAAAAGAGCGUCGCCGUUGAGGAUCAGAAGGGCGCAUGUACGGAAUUGUGCGAGGAAGAGAUCACACUGCAGAAGUCCAUUGAGUACUCCCUGAAGGAGAUCCUCAGGCUGAGAAGACUGAAGAAUCAUUUCCGGGGUGAAAUCAGCAACCUCCGGGAGACGGUGAACCAGCAGCUGCUCACGUUCUCAGAGUCUCUGAAGUUUCUGGAGAGAGACAACUACGAGGCAAACAGGAAGAUCUACAUUUUGAAUGCAGAGAACGCCCGGUUUAGAGAAGGCAUCGCCUACCUAAGAGCCGAAAUUUCCACUAUGGAGAGUGUGGAAGAAGCCUAUCGAUCGGAGCGUCGGCAAGCCCAGGAGGAGACCAGAGCCCUUCACGGUAAGGAACAGAUGGCACGAAGCAGGUAG